GAUACCAAAAAGACAAAGACGUUUUCUUUUCUGAGAGGAAAUUAGGGUUUUAUUCUCGAUAAUGGCUACGAAUCUAAGCGACGGCGACAUGACUGACGGAGAAAAAAGCAGCGAGCGCGAGACGACGGAAUCCACGGAGGCGUCUAGUGAAGAUAACGGUUCGAUUCAGAAAAAACGCAAGAUCGAUGCGGAUUCUGUUGAUUUGAGCGAAGACGAGGAGGAGGAGAAGGAGGAGGAGGAGGAGGAGGAGAAGGACGAAGAUGAAGACAGCUGCGAAAACGACCAACUUUGGGGAUUCGAUAGCUUCGAUGAAACAGACUAUGAAUCCGAGCAGAGUGAUGAUGAUGUGGAUUUUGAAUGGAAUCGGUAUUUGUGCCAUCUUUACAACAGCCGGGGUUUCAAGGUGGAUAGUGAAAUAGUUCCAGAUCGAUCUUUUCAUGGGUGUCGUCCAUUCGAUUUCGAUAAAAAGUUUAUGCACAACAUCUCGGGACGUGAGUACAUGGACAAUAUGGCCAAGUUGGCUCUUAGCAAGUACAACCAACACAAUCAAACCGAUGUCAUGUUUGACCAUGUUGUGAGGGCCGUGGUUAAAAUGUGCUCUGGAAUCAAAUCCUACGUGACGUUCAUGGCUAAGGAGUCUCCUCAAGGUGAUCUCAUUGAGUAUCAAGCCAAGACUGACUGGAAGGUGUGGCAGAGAAAUGCUCAUGCCAUUCUCUGCAGACCAGCUCUUGCCAUGAAACCUAUUCCUGCCAGAUACUUACCCAAUCCUCUGCCCACCGAAGAAAGGGAGAGUCGCCGGUGAAAGAAAGAAAGAAAAGGCAAGGUUUUUGAGUCCUCUGGGAUUUUGUGUUACCGAGAAAAAUUUGGGAUCACCUGAGGAUGUGAAGUGAGCGUUUGAGGAGACGUCGGAGACUUUGACAGCGAAGUAAAGUGAUGAGCUUUCGUCGAACCCUAGAACGGAAGGUGGUUGUUUCAGGGCGAGUCUCGGCGACUGAGCAUUUGUUGGCUUGUAAAAUAGAAAGUCAGAGUGAGCAGACAGAAAAGGAAAUUACAACAAUCGAUGUCUCCUUUUUCUUGUUUGUUUCUGGGAGAGAAAACAAAACCCACAAUGUUGAAUAUAAUUUCGGUUUUUCAUUAA